AUGGAGGACCUGCCGGUACUCCAGGAACGGCCGGCACUCCAGGACCUACCGGUACUCCAGGAGCUGCCGGCACUCCAGCACCAGCCGGCACUCUGGGGCCGGCCGGUACUCCAGGACUUGGCGGCACUCCAGGACCUGCCGGUACAUCAGGGCCUGCUGGCACUCCAGGACCUCCUGGUACACCAGGGCCUGCCGGUACUCCAGGACCUGCUGGUACACCAGGGCCUACCGGUACUCCAGGACGGGCUGGUACACCAGGGCUUGCUGGUACACCAGGGUCUGCCGGUACUCCAGGACCUGCUGGUAUUCCAGGGUCUGCCGGUACUCCAGGGCGUUCCGGUACUCCAGGACCUACCGGAACUCCAGGGCCUGCCGGUACUCCACGGCCUGCCGGUACUCCACGGCCUGCCGGUACUCCACGGCCUGCCUGUCCUCGUGGGACUGUCCUCCCCUGAAUAUCUGUUGGUGUGA